CACACGCCUCCAGUGACGUAACGGGCGCAAAAUGGCGGCCGAAUGGAUGGUUCCUAAAGUACCCUCGGCAGGCCUAGUGUUGAAUCUGCUGCGAAACCGCCCUACUACUGUUAUUGAGAGUAGUGAUACUCCAUUAACUACAGAAGACAGUGACGAGGACAGUGACAAUGCUAUUGAAGAGCCAGAUUUGCCGGCUGAUUUUAACGUGCACUGGAAAGCUAUCGUGGCAGACCCCUUUAGUUUUGAUGUUUGGGUCAAGCUGCUUGACUACGUUGAGAAAACGAACCACCUGAUGUCCUGUCGGAAAGCUUACAGUGUUUUUCUUUCACUGUACCCCUAUUGCUUUGGCUACUGGAAGAAGUAUGCAAACCUAGAACUGCAGUUUAAGAAUAAGGAACAGGCUGAGGAGGUGUUCAACCAAGGUCUUCAGUCUAUUCCCAUUAGUGUGGAUCUGUGGAUUCACUAUAUAAAUUACCAAAGGGAACACUUGGAUAUGACACUGCCAGAGUCUGUUGAGAAACUGCGAAAAUUAUUUAAAUCUUCCGUGGCUAAUGCUGGAAUGGAAUAUCGUUCUGAUAAACUGUGGAACAUGUACAUAGACUGGGAAACUGAGCAAAAAAACUUCAAAGACCUCAUUGCUAUAUACGACCAAAUUUUUCGUACUCCCACUCAACUCUACCGGCAACACCUUGAUAGGUUUAAGCAGUUUAUUACAUUGCAUUGUCCAAAAGAUUUCCUCUCCAUAGAGGAAUUUAAGUGGGUUCGUUCCAGCAUUGUAAGUGAGGAAAACGAUCAAAUAGCUGCAGAAGAUUCUCCUAGUGACGAUAUGGAGAGCAUGGAUCCGCUAACGGAUGAGGAAAGGAAGAAGAUUCAAGAUCAAAUCUUUACUAUCAGGGAGCAGUUAUUUCUCCAAAAUGAAACUGAAGUUAAGAAACGCUACAAUUUUGAAGAGAAAAUCGACCGGCCUUAUUUCCAUGUGGCCCCAUUGGAAAGAGCGCAGUUGCAGAAUUGGAGGAAAUAUCUGGAGUUUGAAAUGUCUCAGGGAAAACAUGAGCGCAUAGUGAUGCUGUUUGAACGCUGUUUGGUGGCUUGUGCGCAGUAUGAGGAGUUCUGGCUUGCGUAUAUCCGGUAUAUGGAGAGUUAUUCAGUUGAUGCAGCCCGUUCUAUUUUCCAGAGGGCUUGUCAGACCCAUCUACCACAGAAACCUAGCAUACAUUUGCACUGGGCAGCAUUUGAGGAGAAACACGGAUGUCUGGAGUCUGCUCGUUCCGUUUUGAGUACUCUUGAAGAGGUGGUGCCAGGGUUAGCUCUGGUGCGCCUGAGAAGGGCAAGUCUAGAACGACGGGGAGGAAACCUAGCGGAAGCAGAGAAAUUGCUUCUGGAAGCUCUAAUAAAAACCUCUGACACUGAAUUAGAAGUCUUCUACGCCAUAAAAUUGGCUCGAUUUCUACUGAAGGUCCAAGGAAAUCCAGAGAAGGCUGUGAAUGUAUUAAGCAAAGUGCUGGACAAAUAUCCGGAUAACCCACGUCUGCACCUUAGUUUGUUGGAGUUUGAGAUAACCAGAGAUGGCUCACAAGUGGAAAAAAAUGUUCUUUUGUUUGUGGAUCGUGCACUGCGAAGCCGAUUGCAUAAUGGUGUUAAGAGGAUUUUAUCACAAAGACGUCUUGAGUUCCUGGAAGAUCAUGGCUCCAACAUCACCAGUUUGCUUAGUGCUUAUGAUGAGCACCAACAACUUUUGAAGGAAUGUUUGAAGAGAAAAACAGAAAAUGGGAACGAUAAUAGCCCAGAAGAAAAUAAAAAGUCCAAGACAGAAGAGAGUCCCACACAGUCCCAAGAGAUAUCAAAGACCUCUGAUACUUCUGCACCUCCUGCUACUUCAGCACCCUCUUCCACCAGUGCAUCUGCUGUGACCACCUCGCCUACUAUUAUCUAUACACCUUAUUCCAGCCCUAGACCUGCUAUAAAUGUUCCUCAUAUCCGUCCUCCAAUCAGAACACGUUCUCCUUCACCAUUCCCACCACCAAGACCUUUCCACGGGAUGGGCCCACCCACAGGACCUCCGGGACCAGCUUCAGGACUUUUAUCACCACCUCCUGGACCACGUCCACCAUUACCAGGGCCACCACGACCACCAUUCAGACCUCCUCCUCCCGGUGUGUUCUACAGACCUUGGCAUCCGGGCCAAGAAACUCAAAGUGACCAGACGGAUUGCAUGCAAGACCUGAUUGACAUCGGUUAUGAUGAGACUGAACCGAUUACUGAUAAUUCUGAAGUGGUCAUCGUUUAUGAUGAGACUGAACCGUUUACUGAUAAUUCUGAAGUGCCAUUGGCUACAAAGGAAUCCACCACUGAGAAAAAAAAAUCUGUACAGGUCAGAAAAGCACAAUCAGGAACAGUGUCGUUUUCUCAUAAAGAUGCAUCAAUUCUCCGCACACCAUUGGCUACAAAGGAAUCCACCACUAAGAAAAAAAAAUCUGUACAGGUCAGAAAAGCACAAUCAGGAACAGUGUCGUUUUCUCAUGAAGAUGCAUCAAUUCUCCGCACACCAUUGGCUACAAAGGAAUCCACCACUAAGAAAAAAAAAUCUGUACAGGUCAGAAAAGCACAAUCAGGAACAGUGUCGUUUUCUCAUAAAGAUGCAUCAAUUCUCCGCACACCAUUGGCUACAAAGGAAUCCACCACUAAGAAAAAAAAAUCUGUACAGGUCAGAAAAGCACAAUCAGGAACAGUGUCGUUUUCUCAUGAAGAUGCAUCAAUUCUCCGCACACCAUUGGCUACAAAGGAAUCCACCACUAAGAAAAAAAAAUCUGUACAUGUCAGAAAAGCACAAUCAGGAACAGUGUCGUUUUCUCAUGAAGAUGCAUCAAUUCUCCGCACAGUGGAUAUGGCGGCCAGUGAUCCCUCAUCCAGUGGCACCCCUCAACAGGAUCUAGUCGCAUCCAAGGAGGCUUUGGCCAGAGGGACGGCGUCCGAAGAGGGCCCUUCGACUUCAGGUUCUUCAGAGUCACAGCAGCUGGUUGGCGAGCCACGUCAGAGUCUGGUGCGGAUCUGGAUUGUCGGACAUUCGUAUGUACAUUUGGCGGCCAUUCGGGCCUUAGCGGUCCCUGGAGGAAGUCAGCUUGGGUUGCCCCGGUCUCAGGCUGUGUUACAAUGGUUGGGUGGUAGGGAUCUGUGCUGGGCAGAUCUGCCUGCAUUAUUGCUUGACGCAGCUCAGAGGUGGGCAAAGCCUCAGAUUAUUGUCAUCCAUUUAGGUGGCAACGACAUAGGCACCUUGUCCUGUCUCGAGCUGAUACAUAUGAUGCAGGAAGAUUUACGUAAGAUUGUGUUGUGGUUUCCAGGUGUGCGCAUUGGCUGGUCGUGUGUGACUCCCAGACUUACUUGGACUAAUAUGAAAUCUCAUAGAGCAGCUUUUCAGGUUCGAAAAAAGCUCAACAGGGAUUUGAGAAGGACAGCUUUGGAACUCGGGGGUUUUAUUGUGGAACAUAGGAACAUUACGGCAGCCAACAAAAGUUUAUAUUGCCCAGAUGGAGUGAAUCUUAAUGAUGUGGGCAUAGAUUUAUUUCUAUCUGAUCUGAAAAAUUCCUUACUCCUAAAUUUGUGAGGGGUGGCGACAAGAUUUUGCCCUCAUAGGGUCUAUAUCUUGUGGUGGUUGGUCCGGGCCCUGGUGGUUGGCUGUUCUGGUCGAGUGACGGUCAUUGCAGUAAGGGUGACAUUCUCAGGCUCGUAGCUUAGGGGUGCUCUUACUGGGUUGCGGUGGACAGAUUAACUCCCUAUUGUCCUACUAAGCAUUGAGCCGAGCCAGCUGCCUGGGCCUAUGACCAUCUACUUUGCAGGGGUUCUUUUAUACUUUGACCCCGAUUGCCGCCACCUGAUUAUGUUUUGGUUAUUUGUUACUGCCAUUUUCCUUGUUUAACAAUAAAUGCGACCUUAGGGUCUUUCAUCCAGCUAUGACUCUGUGUAUCAUUUACAGUUAUGCUAGUUAUGAAUUAGUUAGGAUAAAUUCAUACAGCAUCUCAGGAUAAUAGGUCAGUUAAACCCUUAAGGUAGUGUAAGGCAGGAUAGCCUGAAGUGUACAUAAGGGUUAAGGAUCCUGGAGACUGAGUGCUGUGUGUGUGUUAGCAACAUUGUUGCAUUCAAGGGGGGGUACACUUAACUUUUAUAGACAUGGGGACAGGAAAUACAUUUCCUCUUUGCUCCUGUGAUCGACUGACACUUCACUUCCUUCCCUUCCCUUUGUUUUGAGGUACAGGGGCGGCAAUCAUCCCUCAAUGUGGAUAUCCUUUUUAGCGUGUUCGGGGCAUGAGGAGGGUUAGUCGAUUCACCUCUGUAAGGACUAGAACAGUAACUUUGGGCUCCCCAGGAUACACCAUGCUGUGCGUCCAUUGGUGUGGAGUGGCUAUCUAGAUAUGCACCCUAGCUUAGGCGCUUGGUCUGGGCCCUGGUGGCUGGCUGUUGUGGUUGAAGUGACGGUCAUUGCAGUAAGGGUGACAUUCUCAGGCUCGUAGCUUGGGGGUGCUCUGACUGGGUUGCGGUGGACUGAUUACCUCCCUAUAGUCCUAGUAAGCACUGAGCCGAGCUCCAUUUGCUAGCUGCCUGGGCCUAUGACCAUCUACUUUGCAGGGGUUCUUUUAUACUUUGGCCCUGAUUGCCGCCACCUGAUUAUGUUUUAGUUAUUUGUUACUGCCAGUUUCAUUGUUUAACAAUAAAUGCGACCUUCGGGACAUUCACCCAGCUAUGACUCUGUGUAUCAUUUACAGUUAUGCUAGUUAUGAAUUAGUUAGGAUAAGUUCAUAAAGCAUCUCAGGAUUAAACUCUUAAGCUAGUGUAAGGUAGGAUAGCCUGAAGCAUACAUAAGGGUUAAGGAUCCUGGGGACUGAGUGCAGUGUGUGUGUGUGUGUUAGCAACAUUGUUACAUUAAAGGGGGAGGAGUACACUUACCUUUUAUAGACAUAGGGACAGGAAAUCCAAUAACUCUUUGCUCCUGUGAUCGACUGAAGCUUCCCCUCCCUCCCUUUCCUUUGUUUUGAGGUACAGGGGCGGCAAUCGUUAUCCCUCCCUGUGGAUAUCACUUUUUGCAUGUUCAGGGGAUGAGGAGGGAAAGUCGAGUCACCUCUGUAAGGACUAGAAUGGUAACUUUGGGCUCCCCAAGAUACAACAUGCUGUGCGUCUCGUUGUUCCUGGUCCUAUUGCUGUGGAGUGGCUAUAUAGACAUGCGCCCUAGCUUAGCUAGCUGGUCUGGGCCCUGGUAGCUGGCUGUUGUGGUGGAGUGAUGGUCAUUGCAGUAAGGGUGACGUUUUCAGGCUUGUAGCUUGGAGAUGCUCUUACUGGGUUGCGGUGGACCAAUUACCUCCCUAUUGUCCUACUAAGUAUUGAACCGAGCUCUGUUUGCCAGCUGCCUGGGCCUAUGACCAUAUACUUUGCAAGGGUUCUUUUAUACUUAUUCCCCGAUUGCAGUCACCUAAUUAUGUUUUGGUUAUUUGUUACUGCCAUUUUCCUUGUUUAACAAUAAAUGCGACCUUAGGGUCUUUCAUCCA